AGCCUCACUCACGCAUGCGAAUGACCUUGAAGCUGGUUAUGCAGGGAAACAGCGGAAAUAACCUUCGAGCUUUUCAUGGAAAGCGCUGCAGAUUAGAGCGUACCGUACUGACUUUUUAAUGAAAAAUAGUGAUUCAAUUUGACUUUUCACCACUUUCACUCAAUGUUGAAGAAGAUGAAGAUGGCGGAUAAUGUAAAAGGCCACAGCCUGGUUGGCCACCUCAAUCAUCUGAAGAACGCUUUCGUCGCAAAGGCGCAGUCUCUUAUUGCGGUCGAGGUGUGGUGCGUCAUUUUUCUUAUUGUGAUUCCGCAGCUGCUAGCGACGAUUUUCUCUGUGAUCAAAUGCAGCGUGCUGCAGGCGUCUUCUGCGGGGAAAACUGCAUUUGGCGGCGGUACAUCACAAAGUAGCAAAGCUGUGGUCCCCGUGCCUGCUGCAGUCUCUGAAGAGGCCGGCUUGGUAACAGUCCUUGUACAUGACGAGCAGGACGAUGUGCUUUUGGGUUCUUCUCGCGAGAUAGUUGGCCAUGCGCUGCAUCCAGAUGAUUCGGUCCCAUCUGCCGGCGUAUCUCAAGCAGAUCGGAGCAGUGCUGGCACUGGGUGUGAGAAGAAAAAAGUGUCCAUCUCGAACGCAGCACUGAAUAAGGAUGACGAACGGCAUGCAGAGCCCGCCUCCGCAGAAAAUAAACGAAGUGAAACGGAAAAGAGCUCCGAUACCGCAAGCGCAGGCGAUUACCGCAUCAAGCCCGAAGAGCUUACGACCCAGAUCGCCUUCGUCUUGAGAAAGCUAGCGGGUGUGCAGACGCCGGAGCGUGCAUGGGAAUUGCUUUACCAGUUAAAACCUGCAAUGAUGAUGCGAAUUGACCCCUGGCGGGAUCUCGACGGGAACAGCGUAGCGAUCGAGGUGUUGCUGCAGCAGUUCGAGUAUCAUUUCAAACAACAAGAGGAAGGGACAGGCACGGUUGCGCAUUCGAUUUGGCAAUAUCUUGCCUUUGAGUCCGACGGAUGGAAGAGGCUCAUUGAGCACGCCGCAGUGCUUGACAAGCAACAGCUCUUGGCGAAAUUGUACGGGUAUCACUGCCUUUUGAAUGCGAACGGCAACGGGGCAUCAUCUGCAGUCACGGAGUUCAGGAAAAUCAUCGGUACAGACUAGGCGCCGAAAAAAGAAUGCGUUUUCAUCCUCUUUCAGUUUUACAUACAUUCAGAUUUAGACUUUUCCUCUGCGAGCAGGCUUUUCUUCAAAUGCGAAAUCUGUCCACCAGAACUUGAUAAACUCAAAACUUGCAGUGGUUGACGCACAAGCCAUUGCCAAGGAAAAGGGCAGCGACGAGCUGCUUGCGAUGCUCCGACGAAUGGAACUAUCCAUGUGCAGCACAGUUGAGGAGGCUAAACCUGUUGUCGAAACACUCCUCGCAUCUUCGCCCAAGGGUCUAUGUGGUAAUUCUGUUGCGAUCGCAUGAUGAAUGCCUUUUCUUAUGCCACAAAUGAAUAGGCGUCACUCAAUUUGUGGGCCUCGCAGCGGGAGGAUCAAAAAAGUGUCGAACACCAAACCUACGUACUUCCGAAAGAAAUCUGUGCUGGUGAAAUGGAUGCCUUUCAAAAAUCCCAUAACAGCUGAGCACGUCCUGCAGUUUGAGUUUUUGGGAGACAUUGCCAUUGAAGCGAUUUUGGAACACCAAGACACUGAAGCAAUCGCACCUCUGAUAAAUGCAGUUGACGAAGAUGGAUGGACACUGCUACACUGGCUCACAUUUCGUGAGCGUUUUCGCGCGGUGACGAAGCUGCUGGGUCUGGCCCUCGGUUGGUUAUUCACUAAAGUCAAUGCGAAAACCACAGAUGGUGUCACGGCCUUUGGUAUGGCGCUCAAGGCAGACAAAGCAGAGCUUGCGCAGGAAAUCUCAAAGAGUCGGGGAUUCCGAUAUACAGAAAACGUCUUGGGUGAGAGUUGGGAAGGCCGUUUGUCCAUCAUCGACCACGUGGCGAAGCACGGAAGCGAACAAACGAAAUUUGUGUUAGAUUUUGCGGCGCUUGCCUCGUGUCAAUCGGAGAAGGAGUGUAAGGACUUUUUUGAUGCCCAUCCGCAGUUCCCAUUUGAAAAGCUUGACUUGGCCAGCGGCUUCGGCCACUAUUUUUCCGAUCGGAAUUAUACGGUCAUUAAGUUCUUGCUAACCGAUCCCGCGGCGACGAACAGGGUUGAUUUUCGAAAGCUCCUGGCAUCUUUGAUAUGCGAAAAACAAAACGACGCUCUCAAGGUGCUCCUGUUCCAUGAGCAGUUUGUGGAUUACAAAGCAAAUUUCAGUGUGACAAAUUACCCGAAGAACAAGCCAUCUAUAAAGUUUUCUGGUAGCUGUCUGCAUUAUGCAAUUUCGAAAAACAAUGUGGAUGCACUGGGCCUCCUUCUGACGCAUCCGGAACGGUGGGACAUUUUGGAGAACAAAGCCGAGGACGGAAAGACCGCAUUGGAAAUGGCAAAGGAGAAGAACAAUCGAGAAAUGAUUUCCCUGCUGCAAGACGAACUCGAUGCACUGGAGAUGAGCAAGCUUUACCAGGACCCAAAUGCUAUCAAGAAGAUGCUGAAAGAGAAAGAGCAGAGGGCCAAGGCGGAAGGGCCGACUUGCGAAAUCUGCCUAGACCGGUCCUGUGAUAUGGUUUUGCCAUGUGGUCACACCCUGUGUGGCGAUUGCUGUGAUUCGAUGCCAAAUAAAGUUUGUCCCAAAUGCCGAAAAGCUUUCGUGAGCCCGACCAGGCUCUUUUUCUAGGAACGAGACUUUGUGCCUUAAUCGCAUGAAUAGACGAGAACAACGACUGGACAUGCGGCUACCAGUUUCGUAUGUACCUUCAAUCAAUUUCGAUCCAAAUCGUUUUUGAAGUCGCAAUCUGCUUCAUGUUGGAACGUGCCUGUAGAAGGAAAGUGGUCGAUUAUGAUAGUGCACGAGAAGAAAGUUCGAUGAACCUGACCUAUUCCGAAGAUAAACACUUCAUUCCGCAUCCGCAGCUGCUCGCUAGAAUAAUCACAGAAAAUAAAAUCCAAGCAUGCUGAAGUUCAAGAACCUAUCACAUUUGUUGAACUUUCAUCGAUUCUCUCAGCACGGCAGCCCAAUCGCUGCUGUUCAAAUGACUCCUGCACGAUGUCGCCGCGUUGCUUUUGGUGCGUAUUCCUGAUCCAUGCUUUUGUAAUCCAC